ACAAUAAAAAUUCUUCCCAUUCCUAGCGAUAACCUUCUGUCCGUGAACUGUAUUACAUUUGACCUUCGGGAUAGAAUUUUAAUAAACUGCUGACCUUUAUCUAACACGACGGGAUAAAACAGGGAAAAUGAAAAAAGGACCCUGCGAGGUCUCAACAAGCACUAAUUCGUUAUAUUAUUUUUUUUAGUAUAAAACAUCUACAUGGAAUUAUACAUGGAACCAUUAAAAACAAGCCGAAGUGUAAUAGUACAUUUGUACAAAGAUUAACCUUUCCGUUCCACAAGCAAUCAAACACUGUAUAGCCUUCAGCUCUACCAGUCACCGAUUCACCCGCUACAACAAUAAGCUGUUUUGCUCCCUAAGUACCUUUCAGUAGUAGUUCGUAAAAACAAAAAAAAACAUCCUUGUGAAAUUUUGGCGUCAGCUUUUGGGCACUUUCUAGUCGAAGAAAUGCUCCCCAACAAAUUUCCCCAAAAUCACAAGGAUGAAGAAACCACUGGUCACAAAUCAAAUCAAACAAUACAAUCCGCACAGUUCCAAGUACAUUCCUAGCCCUUACCAUCACUGUGAAGUUAGGGGUUGACUCUAGCAAUCGUUCUCGUCUAUAGGACGAGAAAGUGGAUGGCAAAAGGUGUAGAUUUCGAUUGCCCGAUAAUUACAUGGUUACACCGCUUUCGCUCGUGGAACGUACCCAUGACAUACACACACGGAACUAUGGACCUUUGUGUAUAUAUAUUUUUUUUCGUUGGAAUUAAUGUUCACGACCACGAGACCCUUAACAAUUUCACGAGUUAUAGUUCGGGUUUUUUCAGACUUCUAACUAAGCAUCGAGUCCUGGCCCGGGUCCAGUACGACGGCGACUGGCCCAUGGGAAGGACUCGGGUACAUUCGUUCGUAGUAAUAGAGAGACGGUUCUACAUGAUGAUGCAGCAGUAGUAGUAGUAGUAGCAGUCGUGCUUGAACGGAUACACCCGUUAGACAAUGAACGGAUAAAGUGUUAUGUUCAUCGGAAGGAUAUCAUAAUGGGAUGUGGACCAUCGAAUGCAGCUGUGCCGGUAACGGGCGAAGGGGUCUCAACCAUCUCCAAACUCGUUUACCCACGCCCAGAAGCAUUUGAAAUUCCGCUCGGUGAUACAGAAAACCCGGAAAGUCUAAUAAAAAAACAUCCACCGCGUCGUUUGAAGCGCCUUGAAGAACAGUCCAGUUCGACGCCGAGCAUUGAAGAUUUGGAGGAAAAGCUAGCCACGGCCGAAUCUCGCCGACAACAGUUUCUAGCAAACCGAUCACAGAAAACCACCUUCGACAAGACCAGUCUAGAUGCGACGGAAAACGAUGCCAGCACGAUCCCGGAGGAGGGUGAAGAUGAUCGUUCGGCGGACGGUACACGGGUGAUGGAUCAUGAUGGAGACGAUUCGGGUGUGGAACGGUCCGCUCCACCGGAUGGAAAUGGCCGACGGUCGGUAUCGGACACGGAGGACGAAGAGCACCAGGAGGAGCAGUACGAUCGACGAAGGCGUGGAUCGGAUCUCAGCAUCGGACAUCUGGCCAGCAUGCGGAUGAAGAUGAAUCAGUAUAGGAAAAAGUCUCACCAUUAGUUGGCGUUUGGUUUUUUAUUAAACAUACAUUUAUUAAGUUUUCAGUUUCUGUUUUCUUUAAUAUAGUUUCCGUUUUUUUUUUUGUUGUUGCUGUGUGUUCUCUUAUUUGCAUUCUCACGUUCAUUUCAUUCCGUGCCCAUCCUUGCUGUGGUUGUUAAAUGUGUUUGUGUUUGCAUGUAUAUAUAUAAUUAUAUAGAGUUUUGCUGUUUGUGUUCGGUUUCUUCCCCAUCUUUUACAGUUUAAUGUACGGGCCCAUUUCCUUUUAUCCGGCGAUUUGCUCUGCGGUGUAGAUUUGUUUGGUUUUGCCAAAAAACUGGUUGUUGUGUGGUUUGGUUUUGUUUAUUUUUCUUGCGUUUCCCAUUUCCCAUAGUCUAACACCAAGUUCGCACUCUUUAGUGAUGCUUCUGAUGCAUUUAUCUGUAUUUUAGUUUUUUUAAUCCAUGUGCAUCUUUUCGUUCCAUUCCUUUGAUUCGUUCGUAACUGUUGCUCUCUUCCACACACUCUCGCUAACGAGUGAAAAGUUCCACCGUCCUUCUCUGCCUGCUUCCAUGCUAGUAUUAUCUUCUUUUUUUUGUUUUCUUUUACUUAAUAAUUCUUUUAUAUUUAUUUACUUUAUAUUAAAUAUACUUUUUGGCAUACCCGUAUAAUACUUUUAUAAAAUAAACACCUUGUUAAUCUAGAUUUUUGUGAGUUUCCCUUCGAAUCCUCUAGCGUUAUCAAAUAAUUCCAUUGUGGUAAUGUGUUUGAGUGUGGUUUUCUCUUCGU